AUGUCAAAAAUUGAAGUCUUCGCUCUCGCGCAGGUUGCCCGUGACUCUCCUUCUUCGCUUCCUACCCCCGGUUUGUCGGGGGCAAUAUGGGUCACUUGCGGGCGGGUUGAGCCGGAGGCUACUCGGAAGCCGCCGUGGCAGUCUGGCCGCACAAGUGAUGCAGGGGACGACUACUGCUGCCGGAGGCUGCCGAGCCUUCCGGAGUGGGCCGAUGCCGGCGCAUCUGUUGGUGAUGAGGUGACCUGCGGCGAACGGCGCUUUCACAUCGCACCGGCGCAGCCGCUCCUGCUCCUCCGCGCGCAGCAGGCGCGGUUCGUAUCCGACAUGGAAGGCAAGGACCGCACGCCGUCCAACGAGGAGAAGACGGGCCGGUCCUUCCGCGGGCAGAUGAUGGGGAGCAUAUCCCACCGCUUGAAGAGGGAGAAGGAAGAGUUGGAGAGGUGGUCGGAGCACAGGCAAAAGGCCUCUGAUAGCUCGAGGUGGAGCUUGACCUUCGCCCUCCUCUUCACCACCGGCGUCUCAUACUACCUAGGCACGCUCUACCCCCGCCCGCCCGAGACCGACUCCACCCUCCCACUCGACAAGACCCGGCCGCCCGAGCACCGCGCCAACGUCGAGAACCUGCAGGCCGCCUGGGCCGACUUUGGCGCCAUCGUCGGCAAGGAGCACGUCAGCACCGCCGAGACCGACCUCCAGUACCACUCCACCUCGGCGUGGUCCUCCCACCCCGCGAAGCCCAGCGAGAAGCCCUUCCUCGUCGUCUACCCCGCCACCACCGAGGAGGUCCCGCCGUCGGCUGGGAGGCCCUCAACGACACCCUCGCCACCGAGAACCUCUUCUUCCCCCGACCCGGGCCCGGGUGCCAUGAUUGGCGGCAUGAUUGGCACCGGCUGCAGCGGCACCAACGCCUACCACUACGGCACCAUGCGCGAGUGGGUCCUGUCCCUCACCGUCGUCCUCGCCGACGGCACCGUCAUCAAGACCCGCCAGCGGCCGCGCAAGAGCUCCGCCGGCUACGACCUCACCAAGCUCUUCAUCGGCUCCGAGGGCACCCUCGGCCUCGUCACCGAAGCCACCCUCAAGGUCACCGUCAAGCCCGCCCAUACCAGCGUCGCCGUCGCCUCCUUCCCCUCCAUCCGCGACGCCGCCAACUGCGUCUCCCGCGUCGUCGGCCUCGGUAUCCCCAUCGCCGCCAUCGAGAUCCUCGACGACAACCAGAUGAAGUGCAUCAACGAGGCCGGCAUGACCCAGCGCCGCUGGACCGAGGCCCCCACCCUCUUCUUCAAGUUCGCCGGCACCUCCGAGGGCGUCAAGGAGCAGGUCGCCCAGGUCAAGAAGCUCGCCUCCGCCGUCGGCUCCAAGACCUUUGAGUUCGCCCGCAACGAAGAGGAGCAGCACGACCUCUGGAGCGCUAGGAAAGAGGCCCUGUGGAGCGCCAUGGCCGUCAAGAAGGAGGGCGACCAUGUCUGGACCGGUGACGUCGCCGUCCCCAUGAGCCGCCUACCUCAAAUCAUCGAAGAGACCAAGGAGGACAUGAACAAGAGCGGCUUGUUCGGUACUAUUGUGGGCCAUGUUGGCGACGGAAACUUUCACACCAUCUUGAUGUAUAGCGAUAAAGAACGGCCCCUAGCCGAACGCGUCGUCCACAAGAUGGUUAAACGAGCCAUCGAGCUCGAGGGAACCGUGACGGGCGAACACGGCGUCGGCCUCGUCAAGAGGGACUAUCUUCCUCAUGAACUCGGCGAACCUACCGUAGACGCCAUGCGAAAGAUUAAGCAAGCGUUCGAUCCCCUCUGCCUCCUCAACUGUGACAAGGUUGUGCGCAUGCAGCAGCCCAAGAGAGGUGAAGUCUCCGAGUGGUAA